AUUUGUCAUUUUACUUUUCUUUUCGUCAAAAAUGUCAUGAAUUUGUUGUUGUUGACACUAGCUGAUAAGAGAGUAAAAUUAAAAAUAAUUUGUUCUGACUGGUUCAAAAAAUAGCGCAUUAAGUUAAAAUAUGAAUAUUUAUCUUAAAAAAUGCAUGCCACGAAAUCCGUACGGCACCGUGAUCUACCGCAUGAUCGGUUCUUCUGAGGUUGCAACAGCUUUGAGGCCCUUCUACUUCGCCGUUCAUCCGGAUCUGUUUGGACGCUAUCCGCAGGAACGGCAGGUCAACGAAGACUCACUCAAACUGCUGAGCGCACAUCUGGAAUCGUUGCUGAAUCAGCGACGGAUUCUUCACUCGACGCCCAAAAUACUCCCCUUUUACGUAAGGGCAUCCAAUCUGCCGGAGCAGCGUGGAACAUUCAAUUUGAUCAAGGUGCCACUGGAACACACUAUUGAUACGAAGCAAGUGCUCAAGAAAAUUCUAGAGGCAUGCAAUCUUUCGACAGAGUUUGUCGACAAAAUGCCUUCAUCCGCAUCUGGUGCUAGUUCUGGUCAAAGAUCAAAAACGGCGGAUUAUUUCUACCGCAAAAGAGCGGGAAAUGGUGCUGAUCAGGAAGAAUCUACGUUCGAAAGUGAAUUCGAUAUUUUCGAGUUCCGAGUUAAGAAAGCCAAAGAAAAUGAGUCUUUAGGCAAUUGGCUGCGCAAGCAAAUCAUUACGGCCAAUGUUCGCACUAGAGCCCUUCAGGAGACGAAGGACGAAGUGGCCAAGUUGAGAGAGUCGAUGACCCGUUCUUUGGGGGUUAAACAUAUUGAGUACGAUUGCGGUUGGAACGUGGAGCAUUUUCGAGGUUGCUUGAAAAGCUUAGAAAGACUGGUAGAGCUGCAUCCGCAGGCGGUUGAUGGUCUCAAAGACAGGGUUGUUGUGUUUGCUUCCUUUACUGGAGUGAGUCUCGAUGGGCACGUGAUGUUGUAUACUGGAGACGUGCAAAGGAAUUGGUUAGAUCUUCUGCUCAACAUUGAUAAACACGAUGCAUAUCUGCGAAAGCUUCCUGCGUACGAAUAUGCGCUAUCUCAGGUGCUACGCAAUAUUCGGAUAGGUCGUCGUAAAUUCAUGCCAAAAGCCCAGGCAAUGGCAUACGCAUCACACCUGCGUAAAAUAACGACCAGUUUACUGGAUUACCUGGGUAAAACAAAAUACCCAAAAAGCUGGCCAACUGAUUUGUCCAAAUUUGAAAUAGUCGUCGAAUCCGAAGCUGGUCCCUUGAUGGUUAGUCCCACCGGUCAACUGAUAGUGCCCGCAACGUGUCCUGGAACGAUUCUGAUCGAUUUUCUAACCAACCACAUGGACGAGGCGUACGAGAAGCAGCAAUCUUACAACCGCCAAAAGCACGUGGAGCGGGAUCUCCACUCGCAAUGCAUCAAGCAAUUCAGUCUACUUUCGCUAAGUAAAGACGACUCCGUGACUCCCGAUCGGAUGAUUGAGUGCCUGCAGAAGUUGAUCGCCACCCGUGGCUUAGAACUGAACGAUAUUAAUCUCAAUAUAACAACCUACUAUUCGGUCCUGAAUGACGGAACCGUGUGCAUACCAUGGGAUUGGAAGUAAAUGGGCAUAGCAGCGACACAGUCAAUUGGUUCUAUCAAAGCUUUAUAGGUUCUUUUCCUAGUUCUAAAAGAUUUUCAUAUAUAUCUUGCAUGUGACGAAGUCAGUAACAAUUAAAACUUAGAUAUUUUAAAUUGAAGACAAUAAAAUUGUGAAUAAAUUUCAAACAACA